CAUCGUAUUAUGAAGGAAUGAGAAAUGGAGCAAGUAGUAGUUGUAAAGUCAGCUGUUAUUAAUCCCGUGUCAAGGUUUCUGCCGCCCGUUUGCGCGAGUCUUUAUCAAAAUGUCAACAGUGUGUAUAACACAAAACCGGUGAGAAUUAGUAGCGCAAUUAAUGAGAUUUCCUCACUGGAAUUUUUAUUUUACAACGAGAUUUUAAGGACGUGGGGAUGAUAAGAUUACGCGUAACUGAUGCAGGAGUGCCGAGAGAUCCAUUGGAACAUGCUUGCAAUCGCAAAGCCGCGAAAGCAUAGCAGUCUUACGUGAAAUUCUCGUUAGUCUCUCGUUUGUAACUUGUCGACGCGACGCGAAUAUGUCCGACGGAGAACCUCCACCGUUAUCAAUUUUAAAGCGGAAGCCGCGCUUCACAGUGGCGAAGUACCUGCCGAUAUUCGGCUGGUUACCGCAUUAUACUAGGUUGAAGGCCGUAUCAGACAUAAUAGCGGGUAUCACCUUGGGUCUGACUAUGAUCCCUCAAAGUAUGGCCUACGCGGUACUGGCUGAACGGAUUCCGCAGUAUGGUUUGUACUCUUGCUUUGUCGGCGGUUUCUUAUACAUUAUUCUUGGGACCACCAAAGAGGUCUCGAUUGGUCCAUCAUCUUUGAUGUCCCUUCUAACGUUGCAGUACACGCGAAACAUGCCGCAGGAUUUCGUAAUAUUAUUGUGUUUUCUGACUGGAUGCGUAGAGUUUUUAAUGGGCGUACUAAAUCUAGGAUUCUUAGUGGACUUUAUAUCAGUUCCGGUCACAUCGGGUUUUAUGUCAGCGGGAGCGCUUAUUAUAAUUAUCUCUCAGUUGCAAGGCCUUCUAGGAUUGAAAUAUAAAUCAAAAAAUGUUUUAGACAAUCUGUACAAAUUAUUUUCAAAUAUUAAUAAGGUCCGGCUGACUGAUUCUGCACUCGGAGUUUUCAGCCUCAUAUUUCUUUUGGUCUUCAGAAAAUUGAAAGAUAUUGAUUAUCCUUGCACGAGAAACAAGAGAGAUGCUUCCAGAAAUGUAACAAUAAAAAAAAUAUGUUGGUACUUUUCCAUUGGUAGGAACGCUCUCAUUGUGCUUAUAUCAUCCACGAUAGCGUACCAAUUUGAAGCGUAUACAGGAACUAUUCCGUUUUGGCUUUCAGGAAAAAUUGAAGCCGGCCUUCCCAAAGUAUCGUUACCGCCCUUCUCAUCGCAAGUGGGAAAUCAGACUUACACGUUUUUCGACAUGUGCGCUCACUACGGAUUAGGACUAGGGAUACUUCCUGUUAUAUCCGUCUUGGCAAACGUAGCGAUAGCGAAAGCAUUUGCGUUGGGCACCUCCAUUAACGCAACACAGGAAAUGCUGGCUCUCGGUCUCUGCAACAUGGUAGGCAGCUUUGUGUCAUCGCUUCCAACCACUGGUGCAUUUACCCGAAGUGCAGUCAGCAGUGCCAGCGGAGUGCAAACACCUAUGGCUGGUCUAUAUUCCGGUACUAUGACAUUGCUAGCAUUGAGCUUUUUAACACCAUAUUUUUAUUACAUUCCACGAGCGACACUGGCCGCUGUGCUGAUAUCCGCCGUGUUGUUCAUGAUCGAUUUGAAAAUCAUAAAAUUACUCUGGAAAGGAAACAAAAUGGAUGCAAUCGCGGCAAUAGGAACUUUUGUGAUCUCUGUUUUUAUUGGAAUUGAGAUUGGACUCCUUCUUGGUGUCCUUUUCAACUUGAUCCUUUUUAUUCGAUUAUCCGCGAGACUGACGCUUCAAAUAGUCAACUGCAAAACUCGUCUAGGAAACAGAUAUAUGAUGUUAAAAUCCAAAAACUGUCUCUAUUAUCCUGCAGUAGCUUCCUUCUGCGAAAAAGUCAUGAGUUUAGCUGAAAACGACGUUCCGUUGAUCAUGAAUUGCGAAACAUUCAACAAUCUCGAUUAUACUUCAAUCAAGGGUAUUGAAAUGUUAUCGAAAACAUUGAACAGCGAAAGAAAUCAAUUCUGGCUAUUGCAUCUUAAUUCCGACACCAUGAAAAGUUUUGACAUUCUCACUGACAACAAAUACAUUCGUCUGAUCGAGAACGAAGAGAGCAUCGCAGAUAUUCUUUACAAUGAUACUUUAUCUAGUAAAAAUUCUGAAGAUCGGAUUAAUAUUAUUACGAAAAAAGUAACGGAAAUAAAUCACGAAGAAUGUCUUUUGUAUUCGAAUUCGCAACAAAAGGAUUCCGAAUCUAAUGCCGAAGAAUUGACCUUAAUAUCAUCAUCCUAAUGCAAAAUACAACAAUAAUCAA